AUGGCUAGAGCCCGUGUUGGUCAUUUUGUAGAAGCCCAGAUCCUCGAAUCUAUUGGGGUCGAUUACAUCUACGAGAGCGAAGCUCUUGCUAUUGUAGACGAGGAAAACUUCAUUAACAAGCAUAACUUUCGCUGCCCAUUUGUUUGUGGAUGUCAAAAUCUUGGGGAAGUGUUAAGGAGAAUAAGAGAAGGGGCAGCGAUGAUUAGGACUCAAGGGGAUUUAUCAGGAUCUGGAAAUAUAGCAAAGACUGUGAAGAAAUUGAGAAUAAUAAUGGGUGAGGUAAGGAUUUUGAAUAACAUGGAUGAAGAUGAAGUAUUCGCCUUUUCGAAGAAGAUAGCGACGCCGUAUGAUCUCAUGGCGCAAACCAAGCUAGCGCAGAAACUUCUGGAUUCCCUCCCAACAUUAGUCAUGGUAGAGGCUGGGAUGGCUAGACGAGAAGCUUUUCAAGAGGCUGAGAGGCAUGGAAAAGCUAAAAAAAGAUAUAGUGGAGACUAUGCGCAGGGCUCAACUCUCAAAAAGCUCAAGUGCUGA